GUCCGCCCCACAGGAGAUAUGGCGACCAGUGCUGUCCCGAGCGACAAUCUCCCCACGUACAAGCUGGUCGUGGUGGGAGAUGGCGGCGUGGGCAAGAGCGCCCUGACCAUUCAGUUUUUCCAGAAGAUCUUCGUGCCGGACUACGACCCCACCAUCGAGGACUCCUACCUGAAGCACACCGAGAUUGACGGCCAGUGGGCCAUCCUGGACGUUCUAGACACGGCAGGACAGGAGGAGUUCAGCGCCAUGAGGGAGCAGUACAUGAGGACGGGAGACGGCUUUCUCAUCGUCUUCUCGGUCACGGAUAAGGCCAGUUUCGAGCACGUGGACCGCUUCCACCAGUUAAUCCUCAGAGUGAAGGACAGGGAGUCCUUUCCGAUGAUCUUGGUGGCCAAUAAAGUUGAUCUGAUGCACUUACGAAAAAUCACCAGGGAACAAGGAAGAGAAAUGGCAACGAAACACAAUAUCCCGUACAUAGAAACCAGCGCCAAGGACCCGCCCCUUAAUGUGGAUAAAGCCUUCCAUGACCUCGUUAGAGUCAUCAGGCAACAGAUCCCGGAGAAAAGCCAGAAGAAGAAGAAAAAGACAAAAUGGCGGGGAGACAGGGCCCCCAGCUCCCACAGACUGCAAUGCGCCAUAUUGUGACGGGGCCACGGGGCCCCUCCGCGGCCGUGAAUGUGAACCAGAAAGACUUUGGGACGCCCUCGACCGCCAAACUGCGCCGAAAACCGCUUCUGGCCAGGGGCCUUCGCCGGGAGCCGGGCCGGUGCAGGGGCAGGGCUCAGGAGCUGCAGGCCUCUUGGCCACACUUGCAUCCCCCGGCCAGAUUCUGCCAUGGGGGGCCGGGGAGGGGAGGGUGGGGCAGUCCAU